AUGGACCUGAGGCCAAACUGCUUGUGGAGGAGACCUUUCCAAGUGCAAGAAGACUAUUACAGGCCUGGAGAUCUCAUUCUUGGUGGCAACCUCCCUCUAUCCAUUACUGUGGUCCUGCAGCUUCCUUUACGUGAGCCUCCCCUGGACUGGGACGUCCUUUCGCUACCUAUUCCCAAGAACUACCAGCACAUCCUGGCCUUGGCAUUUGCCGUCCAGGAGGUCAACAAAGAUCCACGGCUCCUCCCCAACAUCACGCUGGGCUUCCGCAUCUACGAAGAGAACCAGUAUGCCAGCAUGGCCCCAGACGUCGGCCUGUCUCUGCUCUCCAGCCGGGGAAAAGCAUUUCCCAACUAUCAGUGUGACGCACGGGAGAACCUGCUCUCUGUCCUUGGGGGUCUCAACUCCAGGAUCUCCUACCAGAUGGCAGCCAUCUUUGGCAAUUUCAAGAUUCCUCAGCUAGGUUACCGCUUCGCUGACCCGGUUUUGAGCGAUAAGAGCCGGUUCCCCACCUUCUACCAGAUCGAUCCUCAGUAUCAGCUACAGAAUGCAGCAAUUGUCCAGCUGCUUCUAUAUUUCCAAUGGAACUGGAUUGGGAUUGUUGUGCAGAAAUCGGAGAGCAGCGAACAUUUCAUCCAGAUUUUGAAAGUCAGUCUUGCCCAGAAUGACAUUUGCAUACAUUUUGUGAAGCAGAUCUUGUCCCGAAUCUCAAUGUUCAGUGAAUUGCAAGGUGAUCAAAUAGAUGUGCUUUGGACAAUUAUGAACAGUGAUGCUCAGGUUGUGAUUGUCUCGGGGGACUCAAAUACGCUGCAAAGCCUGAUAGCAUCCCUCUCCUUUUAUGAAGAAGAGAACCACACUCCUUCUGGAAAGGUUUGGAUCCUGACUACGCAGUGGGAAUUUUCCGCUGUUGGCUAUCACUACGAGUGGUGGAAACUGAAGUCCCUCCAUGGAGCUUUGUCCUUCACAGUCCACACAAAGCUGGUGCCAGGAUUCAGGAAUUAUCUCUGGGCUCUGAAUCCACACGGGCCACGUGGAGACGUCUUUCUCCCCCGCUGGUGGGAAGUCGCAUUUGACUGUGAGGUUUUGAAGGCAGGUCUGGCCUCACCUGAGGGCAGAAGGAUUUGCACAGGGGAGGAGAACCUGGACGCCCUACCGGCCUCCGUCUUUGAUGAGAAGAUGACCGGUUUCAGCUACAGCAUCUACAACGCUGUCUAUUCUGUUGCACACGCAUUACAUGCUGCGGAUACGUGGGAAUCACAACGGGGAUUGAAGAGGGACAGAAAGAAGCCACACCUACGCUGGAGGAAGCCCCGGCAGAUCCACACCUUCUUGAGAAACAUCCACUUUAAUAACACCGCUGGGGAUGAAGUUUCCUUUUCAGAAAGUGGGAUGAAAUAUGCAGGAUUUGAUAUUCUGAACUGGGCCGUCUUUGCAAAUCAGACGAUCGCUCGACAGAAAGUCGGAUGGGUUGAUCCGGAGGCUCCUUCACCUGCAGGUUUCCGCAUUGACCCUGAUGCCAUUGUGUGGGCAAACCAGACAAAGCCUUUCUCCCGGUGUGUGAAGCACUGCCUUCCAGGACAAGCCAGGAAAGUUGUGGAGGGGAAUCCCACCUGUUGCUACGGAUGUAUUUCUUGCCCAGAAGGGACAAUUUCUAGUCAAACAGAUGCAGCUCAGUGCAUCCACUGCCCAGAAGACCAACACCCAAGCAGGGACCAAGUCCAGUGUAUUUCCAAGGCCAUGAACUUUCUCUCAUAUGAGGAUACUCUUGGCUUCAUUUUAGUUUGUCUGGCUCUUUUCUUCUCCUUGAUCACAAUCCUUGUGUUGGCAGCCUUCAUUAAACAUCGCAACACACCAAUUGUCAAGGCCAACAAUCGAGAUCUCACCUACAUCCUCCUGGUCUCCCUCCUGCUCUGCUUCCUCUGCUCCUUCCUCUUCAUCGGUCAGCCCAGGAACCUCACCUGUCUCCUCCAACAAGCUGCUUUUGGCAUCAUCUUCUCCAUUGCCAUUUCAUCCGUGUUGGCAAAAACUCUGAUGGUCAUUCUGGCCUUCAUGGCUACUAAGCCAGGAAACAGGGCCAGAAAACUCUUGGAAAAGCAGGUGAUCAACUCUGUUGUCUUGGCCUGUCCCCUUGUGCAAGCAGCUCUUUGCACCUCCUGGCUGGCAACCUCCCCCCCGUUUGCUAAUUUGGACUUUCAUUCUGUGAUGGGAGAAAUUGUGCUGGAAUGCAAUGAAGGGUCAGCCACCAUGUUUUAUGCUGUCCUGGGCUACAUGGGCCUCCUAAGUCUCAUCAGCUUUAUGGUGGCCUUUCUGGCUAGGAAACUGCCUGACAGCUUUAAUGAAGCCAAGUUCAUCACUUUUAGCAUGCUGGUCUUUUGCAGUGUUUGGGUCUCCUUCCUCCCAACGUAUCUGAGCACCAAAGGAAAAUUCAUGGUGGCCGUGGAGAUCUUCUCCAUCUUGGCCUCUGCGGCUGGUCUCCUGGGUUGCAUCUUUCUCCCCAAGUGGUACGUUAUAGUACUGAGGCCAGAUCUGAACAGCAGAAGUCACCUGAUGAAGAAAAUCCAGCUCUCAUGA